AUGGAAGAAUUUCAGCUUGAACCAGGUGCCAUGCUAUUCCCAGCCGCAUUCUUUACUCCAACUGCAACUGAAAUCUUGCAGUUUGAACUGGGAAGAAUCAAAUACACCUUCCCAAUCUCGGCUGCAAUGUUCAAAUCGUGCCACAAAUCACUGGUGCCGUUCUGUCCACCACGACUUACUGUGGAAUGCCUGGAUCCAGUGCACUGGGCUCGAGUGCCUAAUGAGACGUUACGAACCACUUCGCUGAAAUUGAGUGAUAUAAGAGGAUGGUCAGUCCUUUGCGACGAUCCAGUAAGGAUCAUGGCUGUCUACGUCCCUGAAAAGGAUGAAUCUUUUGACAUCCUCGAAAUGAUUGAGAAACCGGUCUACCUAGAUUUCCACCGUCAAACACUCAACUUAUACUGUAAAUUGGCAAGCCACGGCAAUUUGAAGGUAGCCCACGUCCUUUGCGGACAUGUAGACGAGGACCAGAUAAUGUAUGCUGUGAAGAGUCAUUACCUCUCAGGACCAAUGCGACAAGGCUAUCACGAUCUCCUUAUUGCCAUCCAUCUCCAAUCCCAUGCCAGCGCUCGUCAAUCUAUGAGCAAAGAAUAUGUGAUACCACUUUGUGACCAGCUACGCAAUGAAAAUGUUUUCGAUCCGGAUACUGAGACAAGGUUCCCCCAAAUCAUGGGCGAUACUUACUCAAUGCUACCGGUGAUGGUAGCAGAACCAGUCAAAUCUCACUUCACACGCGAAGAAGAAAUGAAGUUACUCCCGCCUGCCAUCAAUUUUGAUGCUUUGAAAGCGCAUGUCAUGGCCGCUAUGGAAAAAGAAAUGAAGUUACUUCCACCUGCUAUCAAUUUUGAUGCCUUGAAAGCGCAUGUCAUGGCCGCUAUGGAAAGUGCCACUCGACAUGCUGUGAUGAACUGUCGCGACCUUAUUGGUGGUUUGAUAGAUGAUACUGAGCUGGAAGCGAUAUUGAAACUGAUUCACCCGGUCGCUUUUGAUCCGAACUAUGAACCAGGCACAACUAACAAAGGACUGACAGAGGUUGAAUUGUCCGAGAAUGUAAAGAUUCAGCUUGUGAACAUCAUCGAUCAUCUUUGCGACAUUCAGCUUCGACAUCGUAUUGAAUCCCUGAUUGGUUUCAGCGAAACUUUUGUAGCAGAACUUCAGCAAGAUCAAUGCAAGCGUUACAUGGAGAUCAAACAGACCGACAUGCCACCAGCUGAGGCUGCUAAAAAAACCAAAGAGUUCCGUUGCCCACCGAAAGAACAAAUGUUCCGAUUAUUGAAGUGCAAGGUGAAAGAAGAAGAGACAGAUCUGCUUGAUGACGAUGUUGAAUAUGACCAAUGCCCAAUGGCGGAGAAUCUUCAAGAGCAAUUGAGAGAUAUGGUAAUUAACAUGCUUCGAGAAUGGGCUUUGGGAGACUUUAUCGAAAACAAUGAGCUAAUCCGCAAGAUAGAUAUGGUGAUUAACAUGCUUCGAGAAUGGGCUUUGGGAGACUUUAUCGAAAACAAUGAGCUAAUCCGCAAGAUGUUCCACUUGUUGCUUCGACAGUAUUCUGGCGUAAGAGAGGUAAUUUUUUUCCAGCCGCUUAUAAUGGCCAUUAAAAUUCUAUUCUAA